AUGGCCUCCAAGUGGAACCCGGUUUUCCCCAAGGGAAGAGACACGAAGCCGAGGCGUCCAGGUGGCUGCAGACUCCUGCUCUUCUUCCCCCCCUGGCGCAGAGCAGGUUGGGCCGGGGAGAUGGGGGCGGUGCAUGACGCCAUGGCCUAAACAAGAGACCUCUGCUCUCCGGGGGGGAGUGAGGAGAAGAGUGACGAAAGAGGGGACCACCGAUACACGCCUUCCCCCUUCGCUAGAAGGCGUGGAGAGCAGGCGGUCCGUCGUGUCGUGCCGUGCCGUGAAGAGGGAAGGAAGAUCGGUGCUUCAACCCUGCUUUCGUCCGGCGGAGGAGGACCUCAUCUGCUCUUCUGGUCUCUCUCCUCUCGUUAUCUCCACUCUCUCUCACCGCCCCGUUGCGCCUCCGGGGGAUCGGAAUGGUAAUAAAAUAUAUAUAUAUAUGUAUAAAUUUAGAAGAAGCCCUCUCCUUCCUUCUUCCUUCCGUUCCCUCGUCCGAUAAGCAGUUGCAAUCUUAUCUCUGGACCCUGUAAAAUAAAAUAAUUUAUUUAAAACCUUUUUUAUUGAUAAUCACGUAUGCCUGCCCCCCCGCGUACUCUUUCCCUCCACAAGGCGCCAAAAGGCCUUCUAUUAAGAAACUACCCUCCCCUAUCUUUCCCAUCUUCUUUCUUUUCCCCCGGUCCCUUUCGAUCCCUGGCGGCCAUCGGAAGCCACCAACCAGGGCGACGUCUGCCGCGACAGGCCUUGUUCCUCCUCCUCCUCUUCCUGCACUCUUCCCUCGCACCAGGGAAGGGGAUUCGAACGGUGGAAAAGCGCGGAGCACGCGAAUGAUCCGCUUUACGACCCGAGGAAAUCAAGCCAGGCAUCUAUCGCGCUGGAUUCGGCCUUCAAAUCGAGAGCUCCGAGUUCGUCUGGCUACCCAAGGAGAUCGGGGCCUCCAUACCUAAUCGAUGACGACGGCAGGCGAGAAUCGGCAGAAAUGUGAGAACGACAUCUCGAUCCUCCCCCCCGGGGCCCGCUGCUCGUGGUGUACGCACUUUGGAAGCUCCAGGACGCCGCGGACGGACCUCGAAGGCGACAAAGCAUCGCCACCUCCUCCAUCACCGAGAUGAAGAUGAGCUCUCUCUGCUGGUACGCCUUCUCGUCCGUUAGUUCUCUCGAUCGAUCGCGCUGGUGCAUCUCGCACGCAAAUGCAUACGGUACGAGCAUGCAUAUGGAUCUCAGGAUAUCCGGAUCUCCUCAUUUUUUGUCGAGUAGAUUAGUUUUAGAUCAUUCAUAUGAUCACGAUCCUCCUCCAACCGCUCCGACAGCAUCUCUAAGUCAAUCAAUGCCCCAAGGAAAUGCACGGAUCAUCUUGAGUGAGAUCAGCUUUAAGCGCCUCGGUCGGCCGUACGUGCCGAGGCGCUUGCGGGGCCGUCGUCGGGCUUAAUCUGUCGAUAAUUUCAUGAAUCGGACAUAAUUUCCCGCCAAAAAGUGAUCACUGAUGAAUGACGCCGGCUGAUGGAAAGCACGUGCAAUCGACGUCUUCGAGCGAGAAAAAGAUGGGGCAUUCCGAGAAUUGAACUCGGGACCUCUCGCACCCUAAGCGAGAAUCAUACCACUAGACCAAAUGCCCAUUUAACUAUGAGAUAA